AUGCCAAAAUCGCGUCUAAUUCUCGUUUUCAGCCCACUUUAUAGUACUAACGUUGUAACAAAAAGACCAUUUCAUCACACCGUGCCCCAGCGAGCCGCCGCUACAGAACACCCGUUUUCCAUCCACAACCUCGGCACACCGCGUCCUAAAAUCACCAACUCUCGCGAAGAGCGUAUGCGCAAGGAAUCUGUUCAACUAUGGCGUCGCGUAAGCGACCUCUGGCAGAGUAAAACUUACGACGAAGCGAUUGCGCUCUGUCGCAAACAACUUGCCGACCCCUUUGCGCACGUCCCUGAGCCGAGAUGUGGGACGGUGGAUGAGUUGCGUACGAUGGGACAUUUUCUCCUUGGGCGUCUCCUUGUCGAGGUCUACAACGCGUCGUAUUUGGAUCUCGAUCCAGCGAUGGAAGACGAGGCGCUUGAGCAGGUUAGACUUGCGAAACGUGGGUUGGAAUUGUAUUACCCUGAUGCAUUGGUGCUUCAAGCCAAGGCUGUUGGAUGUCUUGCUGGUAUCUUGGAGGAUCGAGGGUCGCUCGUCGACGCUGCGGAGGAGUAUCGGACUCUUAUUCGUCUGAAUAAGCGUAUAUUGCAGCAAGAGAUGGUCAGUCGAGUGAAGAGUGGUGGGGAUGCGCUGUCCGGUUUGCUCGAUGCGCUUCGGCGGCUAGCAAUGUGCGCAUCUAGACUUGGUCACAGUCGUACAGCGCUCGCGGCGGCUCAGGAAGCGAUGGAGGUCCUCAGAAAGUGCAAUGCGCACAAGAGCAACGACCCACGUGUGACGACCAUUCUACUCGAGACGAUUCUAGAGCAGGCGCGGUAUACCCUCGAGAGUGGUGGGGAUACAAAUCAUGCUCUCAAGGAUAUUAGUGCCGCCAUCGAGAUUCUCGACAAGGUUGGAGUCGCAUUGACUUCGGAGCCAGAUAGGUAUUACGCCGUCAUGGCCAGAUAUGCCAGCCAAUUGGCAGUCUUUGCCCGUAAACUCGUGCAAACGGGUGUCCCCGAGUUGAUGGAACACGGCGGUAGCCUCUUUGAGACGGUCGCCUCUACAUUUCACAAUGUAAUACAAUUACCAGAGGAUCGCGAAGGAUUACCUGAUCGAGUCCACACCGUCUAUUGCUUACAAUACGCCCAGGCGAUCGUCCACUAUUCUCACAGCUUUGGUUACACGGGCGACGAAUACGACGUUGCCGUCCUUGACCGUGCACUCGAAAUGGUCCUCAUGUCCGCAUACACCGACGUCCCACCUUCUAUCCGCGAGCAACAACACGUCUCCUCACCAGACGCCCACGCCUAUUACUUGACCGAAUUCGAAUGGCCCACCCUCGAUAUCCCACAGAGCCUCCUGGCGCUGACGAUUCUGAACAUGGAAAUGACGAAGCGAAUCGAUACGCUCAAAUCGACUAGUUUCUCCUUGCGACGUGGGUUUUCGAGGCACGAGACCGAGGUUGUCCGCGCCGAGAUUCAGCGUGCGUUUAUACUUGCCGAGUCUGUGCAGGCUAGGACGACGAGUGAGGAGAUACGAAGAGAAGUUACUGUUCAAAGAGCGACUACGCUCUAUAAUCGAGGAAAGCUCGAGUUGCGAUCGUCCAGGUCGACGGCAAAGGCGACGUGGGCUCAAGCGCGAGAGUUGGUAGAGGCGUCGGGGAAAUGUUUGGAUGUGGAAAAGGAGCGAGAACGGAUAUACUUGCUCAAGACCCUGCACGAGUGUUUGGCCGCGGUGCCCUAG